UUUACUGAGCUGCAGGAUGUCUGCUCUGAGGCUGAUUUCUAACAGAACCUCCCAGCAAGCCUUGUCUAAUUCUGAUUACACCUGGGAGUACGAGUACUAUGAGUAUGGACCAGUGUCGUUUGAAGGCCUGAAAGCUCAUAAAUAUUCCAUUGUGAUUGGAUUUUGGGUCGGUCUUGCAGUUUUUGUCAUCUUCAUGUUUUUUGUCCUGACCCUGCUGACGAAGACAGGAGCACCACCCCAUCAAGACAAUGGAGAACCUUCUGAAAAAAGAUUUCGCAUGAACAGCUUUGUGGCAGAUUUUGGAAGACCUCUGGAGUCAGAGAGGGUCUCUUCACAUCAAAUAGCUGAAGAAUCCCGCUCACUUUUCCAUUUCUGUAUUAAUGAGGUGGAACAUUUGGAUAAAACAAAACAAAGUCAGAAAGGUCCAGGUCUAGAGAGUAAUACCUACUUCCAGGAAGUUCCCAGGAGCAGUGGAAUGUUUGAGGAGGACCUAAAUUGUCUUACAAAAUUUAACAUUCCUAACUUUGUGAACACGGAUCAGAACUCUUCAGCAGGUGAGGAUGAGCUCCUCAUCUCAGAGCCACCAAUCAUUGUGGAAAGCAAAUCGGUCAUGCAAUCUUCCCAUCGGAUCCUUGACUGAAAACUCUUUUACUUUAAGGUAAACCAUUCCUGUUGCUGUCCAGUUUGAAGCCUUCCUUGGCCUUCUGGUAUUUUGUUAGAAGCUAUUUCAUAACUGUGUUUUUUCUUGUAUGCAAGACUGUCUGUGCUGACAGAAUCCCAUUUAGUUAAAAGUAAAACAUGCUUUAUUCUGAGGCCUUCUGUGGUCUAAACCUUUUGCCCAGCAUUAUUUUAGCCUCCUGAGUUUUUGGUUUGUGUUUGUUUUAUUCUUUGUUUUUAAAUGACUGCUUACGUCCAGCUUCUGAAGGAUAUCACAAUAAUUUGUGGGGACUGUGAAGGCUGGAGCGUGGCAUUGUGGGGGGGUAUGAAAACUCCUUGGCCAAGAAAUGUAUAAUCCUCAAAUUAAGACUGAAGCAAAGAAUAAACAGGCAGCCCCUGGGGAGGUUCUGCAGCUUCCACCACUCCCAAAAAGGACACCUGAAACUGAGCAGCAUAAUAGGUAUCUGCUUGGCAUUAACUUCAAAUUCUGAUUUCUAGCUGCUUUUUGGUGCAGGUCAAACUCAACUUACCAAGCUUAUAGGGGGAAUACUUCUCAUAUCAAAUUGUUUGGUUAUUUUUUAACAAAAUACCACCACCUGCUGCUGAGUGAAAGCAAAUUGGUGCCUGUAAUUCUAGUACUUCAGAGUGGUGUCCUGAGAGCUGCCCAGUGAUGACCUGAAACUAGUGUUCUACACACAGAAUAUUUUUUUU